AUGUGGAUCGCCAUUCCACCAGGGUUGCCCAUGAUGCUGCGACAUAUUGGGCAAUAUAGUGUGGGUCGUGGCGUCGCUGGUUGUGGCGGCUCUUCUGGGGAGCGAUGCUUGGCACGGGUCUGGGGAAGCAGCCCUGCCUUGAAAAGGGCUCUGGGCCCAAAGUGCUCACAUGAAAAAAGCGGGUCUUGGCCUUCUCUUCAUUCUCCCGCGGCCGUUUGCGUUCUGCGUUUUGGCAUUGCUGGGGGUGAAAGGGGCGAAGGUGCCUUGUUAGCCCGGCCUCUCCUUUGCACGGCGCCGCGCAUCGGUUUCAAGCGAAUCCCCCCGCCCCCCCCUCGGGACCGGGGCUGGUUCGGCCACCGCGCCCGGUUUGCGCGUUUUGGGGCGUUGCCGCCGCUGGUGCGGAGGCGCCUGUCG